AGCGUCUUUGACGAUGCCGUGCUCGACAGAUUGAUAGGCUAUGCCUGCUAUUUGAUUUCCCGCGAAAGAGAGGUAAUUCCUCGCGCCCGAGACGCAGGGGACAAGUGUGCACAAACUCGAGUGUAACAGCUAACUGACUUUGGUGAUUGCAGUUUAACUUCAGCCCAACACAAUGGGAAUACACGGACUUGCUAAGCUGAUUGCUGACCAGGCCCCCGGUGCCAUCAAAGAGCAAGACAUCAAGAACUACUUUGGCAGAAAAAUUGCUAUAGAUGCCUCCAUGUGUAUGUACCAGUUCCUGAUUGCUGUGCGACAGGAUGGGAACCUUCUGCAGAAUGAGGAUGGCGAGACAACGAGCCACCUGAUGGGAAUGUUCUACCGGACAAUCCGCAUGCUGGAAAACGGCAUCAAACCUGUGUACGUGUUUGACGGCAAGCCCCCACAGCUCAAGUCAGCAGAGCUGGAGAAGAGAGGGGAGAGGAGGGCAGAAGCUGAAAAGAUGCUUGCUCAGGCCCAGGAAAUGGGGGAACAAGAGAAUAUUGACAAAUUCAGCAAGCGUCUGGUAAAAGUCACCAGGCAGCAUAAUGAUGAGUGUAAGAAGCUGCUGACCCUGAUGGGAGUGCCCUUCAUCGAGGCUCCAUGUGAGGCGGAGGCCACCUGUGCUGCUCUGGUUAAAGAAGGGAAGGUCUUUGCUACAGCAACAGAGGAUAUGGAUGGGCUGACCUUUGGGACAAACGUCCUGCUCAGACACCUCACUGCCAGUGAAGCAAAGAAACUUCCUAUCCAAGAGUUCCACUUCAGUCGUAUCCUGCAGGACAUCGGCCUGACCAAUGAACAGUUCAUAGACCUGUGUAUUCUGCUGGGCUGUGACUACUGCGGCACCAUCAAGGGAAUUGGCCCCAAGAGAGCCAUUGACCUGAUCAGACAGCACGGCUGCAUUGAGGAGAUCUUAGAAAACAUUGACCCCAAAAAGCACCCUGCACCCGAGGACUGGCUGUACAAGGAGGCCCGGGGUUUGUUCUUGAAGGCAGAAGUGGUGGAUUGUUCCACAGUGGAUUUGAAGUGGAACGAGCCGGAUGAGGAGGCACUGAUCCAGUUCAUGUGCGCCGAGAAACAGUUCAGUGAGGACAGGAUCCGUAACGGCUGUAAGAAGAUUCUGAAGAGCCGACAGGGCAGCACACAGGGACGACUGGACUCUUUCUUCACCAUCACUGGAUCUCUGUCCUCCAAACGAAAGGAACCUGAGCUUAAAGGAUCAGCAAAAAAGAAGCAGAAGACCGGAGCCACGCCGGGCAAAUUUAGGAAGGGAAAAUAGACUGAACAGAGGGCUCCCUUUGAUUCUUUUGGGAAGUAAUUGUUGUAAUUAUUAACACCUAGUAUGAAACCCAGCAUAGAGCUCCCAGUAAGGCAGGAGGAAACUGCAACACAAUAAGAGGUUGGGAUUAGUUCAGCUGAACAACUGUAUGUAUCGACCAAACAUGAUUUGAUGUAAAAUUGAAAAUAGCCGUGUUUUCCUGAGUGUAUUAGGGUUUUAUCAAAGUGUGUUUUCUGUUAUUGAAUAAAAGUCUUUUUGUAGAGCAA